GGGCCAGCCGUGGGUACGCCUCUUCCGACCGGCGGUAGUACGGCGGCGUUAGCGAACUCAGCUGCCGUCUCGCUACCUUCGCGUUUGCAGCACAGGGAACCUUGCAUGAAACUAAGGACUUAACAGGCGGGUUGUCAGGGCACUUCCUGAUGACAAGCAUUGCCUGCCUGAUCUGAUCCUAAACCUGACCGGAGCCACGCGGAGAGACGCUUCGAACCUUGCCAAACCCCUCAACUGAAAGGGAGAAAAAACAGCCUUGCUUUAAAUUACGCACGGUGAGGCGGAACGCACUGCUAACUGUGACAGCAAGGAGUACACUUCACAGCUCCGCGGCGCACAGGUUCUGAAAUCCUGCUCCCUGCAUCUCCACGAACACAUGUUUGAUUGAAAAAUGUUAACGUCCAUCUCUGUAUGUUGACAAUCAACAUUGCAAGCUCCUUUGAUGACACACUGUCUGGAUAUUGGACUUAAUGCUUCUGUGCUUCUAUAAUGGCAAAGACUCUUCCAGAGUAAUGUUCGGAAUGGAUGGCGAGAUCCAUGCACACAAUACAGGGAAUUCCGCGAUAACCUGUGUACGGAGCUGUUCUUCACAGUCAGAAUGCCAACACCUUGAUCCGAAUUUUUAAAGCAAUACAUUAUAAACCGAAUAUUACACAUUUUUGCUGCAAACGGCGAAGAGUAGGGAUAGGAUACAACCUGGUCAUUCUCGAAUACCCUAAAAACUCUUUUGUAUUUCACCAUUUUAUAAAAAACAAUAUUAAUGGAGCUGGAAAACAUUGUCGCUAACACGGUACUGCUCAAGGCGAGAGAAGGCGGUGGAGGGAAACGCAAAGGAAGGAGCAGGAAAUGGAAAGAGAUCCUGCGCUUCCCUCAUAUCAGCCAGUGCAUGGAGCUGGGGAACAGCAUCGAGCGGGAUUACCUCAGCCUGUGUGAGAAGCAGCCCAUCGGGAGACAGCUGUUCCGCCUCUUCUGUGAGACCAAUCCAAAGCUGCAGCGUUGCAUCCGCCUGCUGGACGCAAUGGACGCGUACGAGGUGACGCCAGAUGACAAGAGGAAGAGUCGCGGAGAGGAGAUUAUCAGGAUGUUUCUCACCAAGCAGUCCCGUGACUGUGUGUUGGAGGUAGCAGACAGCCACGGUCCGCGUUGCAGGGAGAAACUGGAGCAGAACGCCUGCAAGGAGCUCUUCAGUGACUGCCGAAUGGCCCUCCAUGAACACUUGAGCAGAACCCCCUUCUCAGACUAUCAGGACAGCAUGUACUUUGAUCGCUUUCUACAGUGGAAGAUGCUGGAAAGGCAGCCAGUCACAAAAGACACUUUUCGACAAUAUCGCAUUUUAGGAAAGGGCGGAUUUGGGGAGGUGUGUGCCUGCCAGGUGCGGGCCACGGGGAAGAUGUACGCCUGCAAGAAGCUGGAGAAGAAGCGCAUCAAGAAGCGCAAGGGCGAGGCCAUGGCCCUCAACGAGAAGCAGAUCCUGGAGAAGGUCAACAGCAGGUUUGUGGUCAGCUUGGCAUACGCGUACGAAACUAAAGACGCCCUGUGUCUGGUCCUAACCAUUAUGAACGGAGGGGAUCUCAAGUUCCACAUCUACAACAUGGGCACACCUGGGUUCGAGAAAGAAAGGGUGCAGUUCUAUGCUGCAGAGAUCUGCUGUGGCCUGGAGCACCUGCACCGAGAGAACAUCAUUUACAGGGAUUUAAAACCAGAGAAUAUUCUUUUAGAUGACUAUGGACACAUCCGGAUAUCUGACCUGGGUCUGGCCAUUAAAGUGUCCAAAGGGGAGACCACUCGAGGGAGAGUGGGGACUGUAGGUUACAUGGCCCCCGAGGUGAUCAACAACGAGCGGUAUGCGACGAGUGCGGACUGGUGGGGGCUGGGCUGCCUGAUCUAUGAGAUGACGGAGGGACGCUCGCCCUUUCGGGCGCAGAAGGAGCGCGUCACGAGGGAGGUGGUGGAGAAGAGGGUGCAGGAGGAAGAGGAGGAGUACAGCAGCAAGUUCAGCGAGGACACCAAAUCCAUCUGCAGGAUGCUCCUGACCAAAGAUCCCAAACAGCGGCUGGGAUGCAUGUCGGAUGGAGCUGUGGUGGUGAAAGCCCAGCCCUUCUUCAGGACCAUCAACUUCAAGCGGCUCGAGGCUGGCAUCCUGGAGCCGCUCUUUGUACCUGAUCCCAGAGCUGUUUACUGUAAGGAUGUCCUGGACAUUGAACAGUUCUCCACUGUCAAAGGUGUCCACCUGGACCAAACUGACAAUGACUUCUAUGCCAAGUUCAGCACAGGCAGCGUCCCUAUUCCAUGGCAGAAUGAGAUGAUCGAGACGGAGUGCUUUAAAGAGCUGAACGUGUUUGGGCCUGGUGGCUCACGGCCCCCUGAUCUGGACUGGGACUAUCUCCCAGAGCCCCCACGCCGAAGCCUGCGAGACCGGAUCUUCAGGAGACACCGUCCAGAGGUGGUGAUCGCGCACAGUCGGAUGCCGUCUUCCAGUGUCAACUCUGUGGACUCUAUAUCGAAUUCAGCCCCCUAGUGGUAGACAUGGGAGUUCCUCCGUGGGAUCACAAGAGGCAAUCUUUAGCUAAACACUAACCUGAGUCCGUGGGUCCGUGUGAACGGGUGGCUAGGACAAGCCAGGAAAUGAAGGAUAAGUGUCACCUCAUUAACACCCUCAGGAUUGCUGGAACAUGGAGCCACCAGUGUAAAAACAAAACAAAACAAACGUUAACAUUUUCAGGGGAUUUAUUUUCAAAGACCACUGCAG